AUGCCUAGGAAAUCGUUCUUCGCCGAUCUGGAGCGAGUACAGAGGCCGGGUGGUGUCGACAGUUGUAUUUCUGAUGUCCACCGAGGGGACGAUGAUGGAUGCUUCAACUUCACCUUCACACCACAUGGCACUGGUUCGGGGAACAGAGGUAUUGGAAUUACUGCCAUGAUUCCAGAACUAAGCGAUUAUCCGGAUUCGCACCAGACAUAUCUGUACACAAGCUCAGCUGAUGCCCCAGGUGCUAUCACUGGUGCUCUUGCAAAGUUCUCUCCAGAAGUCUCGCAGCCACUAUCAGCGCUUCUAGCUGCAGUCUCAUACUCUCUCAAUAAAGCGAUGGGCAGCAUAGGGCCCACAGAUUCUGACGUUCUUAUGGAGGACAACGAAUUCGAAAAUAGCGAUGAGGAUUUUCAAAACGGAGAGGACGACGACGAUGAAGACGAUGAUAUAUCUGUAGGAGGCUGGGAAGAAGAUUACCAGGACCCAAUUACGAGGACUCGUCAGCAUAGCUCGGCCGAGAAAGAUGAGUUUUCACAAGAUACUCUGGCUCCAGCAGAGGUACGGGAGUUAAGAAAGGCGCUAAGGCAUGAUCUUCGGCUAGCAAAAAUUGCCGGAUUCAAGAUUGGCGUGCUUGGGGAUUAUCAAGGUGGAGUGGAUCUUUAUGUUUCUCUUGGUAUCAGGGUGUCAAAAUUAGGAAUUUCGGAUGAAGCAAUUGAUGCUUGGAAGUUGGAUAAGCAGAAAUAUCUCAUCAUGCUCAUCCACUACUCAUCGUACUAUCAGACCUUGGAAAGGCUCACUGGGGACGUUGGGGGUUAUCAUGCUAAGAAGAGCGUGGAGCUAUGCGUUGGCACUGCUACCAAAUACAAGCCAACAUUAAUCGAGGCAAUUGGGGCCUUCAGCAAAAUAAGCGCUUUCGAUAACACUCACCCUCUGUCUAAUGGUACUACUAGCAAGGAAGUUGGCGGUCUGGAUGGAACAAUUGAAUUGUCAGAUGACAACGCCUUUCGUGGAGUGUUCAUUAGUAGACCUCUUAAUGAAUUGUUAAAUUCGAGACUGAUACAGUUGGUGAAAUAUCGAAUUCACCAUGGGUUUGGAUGGGACGGGGCAGAAAGAUAUUAUAUCGAUAGUCAAGGUCGCGAAUCCAAUAGUUUGGGCCAAAUUGACAGUAGAUACUAUGAUCAUCAAGAACCGAAGAGGGCUCUCGCGGGGAUCGUAACCGAUGACUCCCUUGCAACCUCGUCACCUAAGGAUGCAUCGUUCCCCUUACUUGCAAUGCAAUUAACUCUUCGUCACUUGGUUCGGUGUACUGAAUUCUGCCUUGUGUGUCACACAAAAGUCCAAAACGAUUUCGAAGCUCUCAAGCCCUAUGUGUGCUCAAGUCCACUAUGCCUUUACCAAUACAUGUCUCUUGGGUUCGGACCUAGUAUCGAACAUGAGAUAAUCUCCCAGCCCACAGUUGUCGACCUCCUGAUCAGCUUCUGUCAUGUUUCAGCAAAGUUCGACAAAUUGGUCGAGUUUCCUUCUGGAAUGAAUCUUACAGUUCCUGGUGCGCUCUUUGAGGCCUUUCAAGCUGACUAUCAUCGGGUGAGGCACGAACUUUCGUUCAACCAAGACCCGGAUACAUUGAGGCCACCACUGAAAGUGGGUGACUGGAUCACAAUACAUACCAAAGCAAAUGGUGUAGCCACUUCAGAAACAUUUCACGCGAGGGUUAUCGAGACGGAAUACUUUCCCAAAGUUAAGCUUGCUACCCCUAUAGGAUACACGCCGCCAUCGAACCCCGUACUUCCGAACCCCCAAAACGCUUACAAAGCUUCCAAUCCCCAGGCAAUUCCACAGCAGCUUUACCAGCCUGUGGAUAAUCUCCCAACAGUAUUACCAGUCACGUUUUCGAUUUACAAUGUAAAUUUUGAUUCGUUGCCUGAGAGCCAAAAAACACAGAAUAUUCUCCAAAUACUCGAAACUCUCCCCUCAGUGGCAGAGAUGAGAAUGUGGUUGCAACGAAAUACAAAGGUCGGCGAAGAAGCAAGUUUGAAAAUGUGGAAGAAUCGAAUUUCGCCCCCAGCCCUUGGUAUAUUAAGAUGGAUUAUUGCAAGUAACAGAAGCUGUAUUGUUCCAGUUGAUCACGAGAUGGAUAGCCUCGGGGGCAUUAUCAAUGGCCCCGGGAGCAAAAAGUGGUCAGAACAACGUGUUUGGGGAAUGGGUGAUUGGCUACAGUUCAGGUUUGCUAUGGGUGCACCUGACAAGGAGCAGCGAUUUUUGGAAGCUGUUCAAGAUGCCCAGAAAAGACUCAACCAACCUCAUUCUUCCCUAUUUGCUUUCCACGGCUCCCCUUUAUCAAAUUGGCAUUCAAUCAUCCGCGAAGGCCUUCACUUCAAGAAAACACAGCAUGGGAGAGCUUUUGGUAACGGUUGCUACCAUAGCUUGGAUCUAAAUGUAUCUAUGGGAUACUCCGGCACGGCUGCUGGGUCGAGUGUGCAUACGAGCGCUCCAUCCUGGUCCCAGAGUUCACUUAAUAUUAAGGCAGCCAUCAGCUUGAACGAAAUUGUAAACGCUCCUAAUGAGUUUGUUUCGAAGGCACCACAUCUCGUCGUGUCCCAACUGGAUUGGAUUCAAACGAGAUAUCUAUUCAUCAAGAUUGGGGGCAACAAGAGCGUACCCUUCGAUGAUGCGGCCUCAUCAAGGCCGACUCUUAUCCACCCUCAGGAUGAUGCGUACACUCCCAGGGGGCUUCUUGGGAACCUCAUCAUCCCUGCCACAGUCUCUGGCUAUCGAACCAGAAACGUGCUAUUUCCCGGCGGCCCACCGCCCCCCACCCCAUCCUUGUCUCCAACGAAGAUUGCGAAAAUGAAGAAAAGAAUAUCACAUAUAAUUCCCAACCUUGGAUCUUCAUCUAAUACUCCAAUAGUAUUAGAUGAUGAUCUUACUGAUGAUGCUAGCAUCGCGACUGAAAGCUCUGACAUCUUGGCAUUGAUUUCAGAUGAUGAGGACGAUGACGACGAUCUUUUUUCUCACGAAGAUACAGGUUCCACAAACCGCAAAACGGAUGGAUCAUCUAUACCGAAGGAGGGGGCAUUCAUACCAGGAAGCCUCGACACGUCUGAUCUUCCAAUGCUUCCAUUGCCCUCCUAUGCCACUGGAGGGGCGAGCAAACGAAUCCAGAGUGAUCUUAGGAGUAUCGUGAGGCUUCAGCAGACACAGUCAAUUGAAGAGCUCGGGUGGUAUGUUGAUACAAGCCGCACUGAUAAUAUAUAUCAGUGGAUUGUGGAGCUCCACAGCUUCCCUGAGCACUUGCCAUUGUACAAAGAUAUGAAGGAGAAGAACGUCAAGAGUAUUGUGCUUGAAAUGCGAUUUGGAAGCCAAUAUCCUAUGAGCCCCCCAUUUAUUAGGGUAGUCAGGCCCCGGUUUAGGGGAUUUGGUCAAGGUGGUGGUGGGCAUGUGACUGUUGGUGGUGCGCUUUGUAUGGAGUUACUCACAAACUCUGGGUGGAGUGCAGUGAGUAGUUUAGAGAGCGUCCUCCUACAAGUGAGGAUGAUGAUUGCAGAGGAAUCACCGCCAGCUAGAUUGGCGGCUGGUCCAGUACAGUUUUAUGCACCGUCUGAGGCGAGAGACGCAUAUCUUCGAGCUUGUAGAACGCACGGAUGGACCGUGCCAGCAGAUUUUGCAAGCAUUGUCUAG